UAGGUACAAUUACAAUAGAAUUUUACAGAUAAUCAUAAUAAAAUGGAGUUUGAAAACCUUCAAAUUGAAGUUCCAGUUCAGGAAGAAGAAUCACAAUUGUAUGGUAUUAAAAUUUAUGAAAAGAAGUAUCACAACAAAUCUAAAGAUUUUGUGGUUGGAUUUAACCCAUCUUCAAAGGAAUUUUUGCAACGAAAGGCAAACAGGGCAAAGCGAUUUGGGAUUGAGAAAGAGGCAGUAGAAAAAGAGACGGCCUUAGACCUUAAUGCAUUUAGUGAUAUUGACCUUGAAAAGCUUGAAUGGCCACCUGUCACUGAAGAGGCCUUGGAAGAGAUGCGAAAUGACGCGAUUUUGCUACAUGGUGUUAACAACAUGAGCACCAAGGAUGUUUUUGAUUAUUUUAAGUUAUUCGGUCCUGAAACUUUAGAAUGGAUUGACGACUGCUCGUGUAAUGUUGUUUGGGAUGACGAGGUGUCGAUGUUACGUGCCAUGGAUGGUAUGAGCAAGACAUAUGCCAUGUUAAAAACAUACAAAUCAAACUCGAAAGACAAUACUAUACAAGAUGAUGUCGCACCUCCUGUCACUAUCAAAGAAGAAGUUGAAGAGGAUGAAGCUGCUUCAGACGCCAUUGAAAUUGAAGAUGAUGAAAUCGACCCGAAAGAUGUGUGGAGAAUUGGGCUACCAUACAAAUCACAAUAUAAUUUAUUUUUAAGACCAGCAACUAUAAAGGACAAAAAGUUACCAGGAGCAGCCCAGCGUAGUGAAUAUUACUUAAAGUAUGGAAAAAAUCCAAACAACACUGACAGAGCAGCGGGAAUCCUAUCCAAGUCAAGAAAGCGCAAGUUGCAGCAAAUGAAAAAGCUGGCAGAUCAAAGAUUUCGCAGCAAGGAACCAGACGUUAAGAUUUGUGAUCUGGCUGAUUUGAAAGAAGAAGGUCUAGUUCAAAAGAUGGAGGUUGAUGACGAUGGACCAGCUGGUAAAAAACCUCAUUUAAACCAUGUCCGACCCAACCCUAUGACUAUGAUAGCUGACAAAGAAGAGAUUAGUCAACGUUUGGGGAAUCAACGCAGUGACAGUGUGCAUGACAGACUGGGGCGUCCUGUCGUAUCUCCUCAUGCGAAUCCAGAGAGGAGUUUGGGUGAUAUUAGAGACCGUCUUGGUGUCAGCAUACAUGAACGACUAGGCAAGCGCACAGACGUCGAUGCAAGAGACGAGAUAAGGUCGUCAAGGAGACGAAACAAUAACGACAAAACACGCAAUCGUUAUAACUACGAAGACGAAGCAGGCGUGUAUCACGACGUCUAUCGAGCUGAUCACCUGAAAGAAGAAGAGGAGGAUGACGGGAAGGAAAAUAUCACGCGGUAUAAUGAUGACAGUGAAGAAGAUGAGGGCUCUGAUGCUAGAUUUCGUUCAAGAAGGGAUAACCACGGGAGAAAUGAUAGAACUUUGACUAAAACAAAAAGUAGACUGGGUACUAGCGGUGGUAAUAAUGCAACGCCAGAUCUGCGUGAUAAACUCAGGGGCAAUAACAAGAAAGGAAGUCGAAAUAAUAAAACAGUUCACAAUAGGGAAAAAAAUAUAAAAGAAGAGAACACGGAUGACAAAGUGAAUUUGUGUAUUGAGAUAAAACCUGAACCAGACGAUGUUGAUAUGUUGGAUGAUGAUAAUUUUGAGUUUUAAAAAUAUAUGCUGGCGUCACGGAAAAAGUGAAAUUUCCAA